AUGUCUCACCAGUUAGGACGUCUUGUAUCACAAAUAUUGCAAAGAUAUUUCGGCGAGAUCGUGGAAAAAGUAGGAAAUGACCUGUUUAUGUACGGCAUUAAACCGAUUGGGAUGAUAAUGAAAACAACCGGUCUUCCAAGAACACAGGUUAUUGAGAGCUUAAGGACACUUCUCAAGUUUGAUCUAGCAAAGUUUGAAUCUACCAGUGGCAAUGUCGAUUAUAAACUACUUCCCGAUAAUGUUCUAGUGCUUAUAAGAUAUCCCAGAUACCUUCUACAGAUGAAGAGUAAAUAUGGUACUGAGGCAGAACUGAUAGUGGAAGAGCUUUUACAGCGAGCGGCUUGUAGUGCUACCUUACUUCUAGUCAGCAUAGCCAAUAAAUAUAAGGAUGACACGGAAAAAAAUCUAACCAUAGUCACAUUGAAGGACACAUUUAUAAGUCUAGCAACGGCUACAUACAUUCAACAAGCUCCUGUUGCACAGUUAAAAGAUGGCUCAGAUAUUCCGGAUCUUGUCCAAGUAGCUAGCAUAGUACCAGAUUUAGAUACAAGGUUGCUGAUGCAAGCCAUGGUAAACCCCGCUGAUAUUAAAGACAAUGUCUAUUGGAAAGUGAACUAUGACAGAUUCCAUCAAGACUUCACAGAUGAAAUAAUGAUAAACGCGAUGACGCGGCGAAUCGAUGAUGAUGCUGGUGAAGUUAUGCGACUUCUCAUUCAAGAGAUGUAUCUAUCGUCCUCUGCUUGGGCUGAAGAAUCAAAUGUGGUGGCCCUGACAGACUUGAGGGAACAUGCAAGUAGGUUAAAAGAUAGACCACUGUUGCAACAGCAUCUGGAGCAUUAUCUCAAGGUGAUGGAGGAAAAUGGUGCUGGGUUUAUACGUCGCGCGGGUGACGCUGGAGGUGGCCAAUAUUCGGUACAAGUGAAAUGGGCAGCUCGACAGUUAGUUGAGAGCGUCCUAGAUCACGUGGUCACUGAGAGACUCGGUUCCAAGGCAGCUAGAAUAUUCAGGCUCAUUCGGGCCAAAAAGUACAUAGAAGAAGAAGACAUACAAAAGAAUGCGAUGUUACCUAAUAAAGAGUGCAAGCAGUUGACAUACAAACUGCUAGAGGAGCAUUUUGUUAGUGUACAGCCCAUGAGGAAAUCUCAACAGGUUUCCGGAACCCAAAAGGGAAUAUAUUUAUACCACGUGAAGUUAUUCGAUGUGGUUCAUGUCUGUCGCGAGAUGUGUUAUCGUGCUUUGCACAAUCUGUCGCGUGCUCGCUCGCAAUUGGUCAGCGUACACGCGCGGGCUCUGGACAAGCAACGCCGCGUGCGCACCAUUGUACACGGGAUGCGCCUGCGCAGCGAGCCCCAGAAGAAUAUUGAUGAUGUGCUAGAAACCUUAACGCCUCCCGAAGUAUCGCUUCUCGCUCAGGUUGAGAAGCAGCUAAAGCAACUGAGUGCAGCAGAACUAGAGCUUGAUAGGAACUUAUUUAUACUUAAUUGGUAUCUCGUAUAUCCCUAG